AUGACAGAUGAAGAAUUGAAGGAGAUGAUCGAGCGGGCGGACAGCAAUGGAGAUGGAGAAAUCAGCUUUGAGGACUUUUAUGCCAUUAUGACGAAGAAAUCAUUCCCUUAA